AUUGUUUAAGUCGUAGUCGGACACGCAAAACGGGAAAACUGAAACAAGAUAAGGCUUCCGACCCAUUCUGAUGUCAGCAUCCUCCAAAAUCCCGAUAUUAUAGGACUGCGACGUUUUCACUUUUCAUCUAACUCCCAUCCCAAACAAAGCACUCUCUCUGCUCCGUACUUCCAGUUUUGCAUAUUGCUUCACACGGAAUUGCACAAAUAUGGGGGCUGCUAAACAACCUCUCGUCUUUGCUUACUAUGUCACCGGCCAUGGAUUCGGACACGCUACUCGUGUUGUCGAGGUUGUUCGGAAUCUCAUUCUCGCUGGACAUGAUGUGCAUGUGAUCACUGGUGCGCCAGACUUUGUUUUCACAUCUGAGAUACAGUCCUCUAGACUUUUUCUUCGCAAGGUACUGUUGGAUUGUGGAGCAGUUCAAGCGGAUGCUUUGACAGUGGAUCGUCUUGCGUCGUUGGAAAAAUAUUCUGAAACAGCUGUUGUACCUCGUGCAUCUGUUUUGGCUACGGAAGUGGAGUGGCUGAAAUCCAUCAAGGCAGACUUAGUGGUAUCAGAUGUUGUUCCAGUUGCUUGCCGGGCAGCAGCUGAUGCUGGGAUUCCCUCUGUUUGUGUCACCAACUUCAGCUGGGAUUUCAUCUAUGCUGAAUAUGUCAUGGCAGCUGGAAAUCAUCAUCGGUCAAUAGUUUGGCAGAUUGCAGAGGAUUAUUCUCAUUGUGAAUUCCUUAUCCGGCUCCCAGGAUUCUGCCCAAUGCCAGCUUUCCGAGAUGUAAUUGAUGUACCUCUGGUUGUCCGAAGAUUGCACAAAUCCCGUGAAGAGGUGAGAAGAGAACUUGGAAUUGGAGAGGACGUGAAGGUUGUAAUUCUCAACUUUGGAGGGCAGCCUGCAGGUUGGAAGUUGAAGGAGGAGUACUUACCUUCUGGUUGGCUCUGUCUGGUUUGUGGUGCUUCUGAUAGUCAGCAUUUGCCUCCAAACUUUAUUAAGCUUGCAAAAGAUGCUUACACCCCUGACCUUAUGGCAGCUUCUGACUGUAUGCUUGGAAAAAUUGGAUAUGGUACUGUCAGUGAGGCCCUGGCGUACAAGCUACCAUUUGUCUUUGUGCGUAGAGACUACUUUAAUGAAGAACCUUUCCUAAGAAAUAUGCUUGAGUACUAUCAAGGUGGUGUCGAGAUGAUCAGAAGGGAUUUACUUACUGGGCAUUGGAGACCUUACCUUGAACGUGCAAUUAGUCUGACACCUUGCUAUGAGGGGGGCACUAAUGGUGGUGAGGUUGCGGCUAGUAUUUUGGAGGAUACUGCUACUGGUAAAAACUAUACAUCAGAUAAGCUAAGUGGGCCAAGAAGACUACGCGAUGCUAUAAUUCUUGGAUAUCAAUUGCAAAGAGUACCUGGAAGAGAUCUUUUGGUGCCAGAUUGGUAUGCAAAUGCAGAAAAUGAACUUGGCCUUCGCCCUAGAUCACCACCUUCUGUAAAAGAAGACAUUAAUUCUGUAACGACCUUACACCCCAAAAACUUUGAAAUUCUACAUGGCGAUUUUCUCGGACUGUCAGAUACAGCAAGCUUCUUGAAGAGCUUAGGAGAAUUAACCUAUGAUUCUCCACUGAAUACUGAGAAGCACCAGAAGAGGGAGCAAAAGGCUGCUGCUGGUCUCUUCAACUGGGAGGAAGACAUCAUUGUGACAAGGGCUCCUGGAAGGCUAGAUGUCAUGGGAGGAAUUGCUGACUAUUCUGGGAGCCUUGUUUUGCAGAUGCCAAUCAAAGAGGCCUGCCACGUUGCUGUACAAACAAUUCAUCCAAGUAAACAGAAAUUGUGGAAGCAUGCUCAGGCUCGACAACAGGCCAAAGGACAGGGACCGACCCCAGUCCUGCAAAUUGUAUCAUAUGGAUCAGAACUAAGCAACCGUGGUCCCACCUUUGACAUGGAUUUAUCAGAUUUUUUGGACAGGGAAGAACCAAUGUCGUAUGAGAAGGCAAGGGAAUACUUUUCCCGAGAUCCAUCUCAAAGAUGGGCUGCAUACGUUGCAGGAACAAUUCUUGUUUUGAUGAAGGAACUAGGAAUUCGCUUUGAAAAUAGUAUUAGCAUGCUGGUCUCUUCGACUGUCCCAGAAGGGAAAGGUGUGUCUUCCUCAGCAUCGGUGGAGGUUGCUAGCAUGUCUGCAAUUGCUGCAGCUCAUGGAUUGAAUAUCAGCCCAAGGGACCUUGCCUUGCUAUGUCAAAAGGUAGAGAACCAUGUUGUUGGAGCUCCAUGUGGUGUAAUGGACCAGAUGACUUCUGCAUGUGGCGAAGCAAACAAGCUUCUUGCUAUGGUUUGCCAGCCUGCUGAGGUACUAGGCCUUGUGGAUAUUCCUGACCACAUUAGAGUUUGGGGAAUUGAUUCAGGAAUAAGACACAGUGUGGGAGGGGCAGAUUACAAAUCUGUAAGGGUUGGAGCAUUUAUGGGUCGAGAGAUUAUCAGGUCUAUUGCAUCAUCAUUUUUCAGUCAGUCGCCUUCAGCUAAUGGGGUGACCCAUGAUGAGCCAGAGGAAGAUUGCGUCAAACUACUUGAAGCAGAGGGUUCCUUAGAUUACUUGUGCAAUCUUUCUCCACACAGAUACGAAGCCCUUUAUGGAAAAAUGCUACCCGAAUCUAUGUUUGGUGAUGCAUUCCUUGAAAAAUAUGCAAACCAUCAUGAUCCUGUCACUGUAAUUGACAAGACACGUAACUAUGGAGUCAGGGCGGCUACCAGACACCCUAUAUAUGAGAACUUUCGUGUGCAGGCCUUUAAAGCAUUGCUAACAUCUGCAACUUCAGAUGAUCAGCUUUCUUCUCUUGGAGAACUAUUGUAUCAGUGCCACUAUAGUUACAGUGCAUGUGGACUAGGGUCAGAUGGAACAAAUAGGCUCGUUCAGCUAGUACAAGAAGUGCAGCAUGUUAAGGCAUCAAAAUCUGCUGAAGGGACUUUAUAUGGUGCAAAAAUCACGGGCGGAGGAUCUGGUGGAACUGUUUGUGUAAUUGGCAGAAAUUCUCUGCGCAGCAGCGAAAAGAUUCUUGAGAUUCAGCGAAGAUACAAAGCAGCAACUGGGUAUUUGCCAAUUAUCUUUGAAGGUUCAUCUCCUGGUGCCGGAAAGUUUGGGUAUCUAAGAAUUCGCCGCCGCAUCCCUUCCCACCAAACCUGAUUUGGCUCGGUUCACCCACCAUUUAUUUAGUGUAAAAGACCUACCUGCUAGGAUAUUAAUUUAUAGUAUAGGAUGUAUACAUACAUAUUAGUAUCUAGUGAAUGCUUCGCAUUACACGUAAGCAAUAAUAUAGAAUGAAAAUUAUGAUUGUCAACUUUCAGUGAAGAGAAGCAAUAAAAUAUGUA